AUGGCUCCUUCGACUCCCACGGCACCGCAUUUCCCUCGUUUCGAUCCACCUAUUGAUUCCCGAUCCCCUUCUAGAUCCCCCCGCCGAAAAGCUCAAUUCGCAAUUAAAGAGCUCGACCCUCUUCUUGGAAAUCUUUCUCCUGAUUCGACGUUGAAAGCCCUUCAGGCAACAGAAACAAUACCUGGUGGCGCCGCCCAAGAUGCAUUGACUUCGAGCAUUAGGGAUGCAACCCCGGCGGAACGAGAAGUUGGCAUAAGAGCCGCAUUUGCUGCACAGAAACUUCGAGAAUGGAAUAACGAAUUGUCACAAUGGCAAUGGCCAGACAAACGAGAGCGGGGCCUGGGUAUGGGAUUUGUUUCCCCAGAGAAUAAAGAGACGGACACAGAAUAUCUAGGCUUUCUCCUCAUAUCCUCGGUAGCGCAAUACGAGGAAAGGCUGGAGGACAUUAGAGAUGACCUUGACAGUUUGGGGAUUGACGACAUCAAAGAUCAUGUGCUCGAGGCUCACGUUCCCACGAAGGAGUUGUCGAAGACCAAGGCUCUGGGAAUCCGCACGAACGAUGGAAAAUUGCGGGAUUUUACUGCCCUGAUUACAGCCACAGUUAUUCAAGCAUUGCCAGACCUUGCCAAAUUGAAUAUGCUGCUGGACACGUGGGAUAUUCGACUGAGGGUGUUGCGCGAUCUUCCGGGAUUUCUUGAAGUCAUGGAGUCCACCCAGUCUGGUAUUCAAGCAGCAUUCCAAGAAAUUAGGGAUCCCGAAUUGGCGAGAAAUGCGACGGAGGCUUCGUUUGACAGUAAGAAGGUCGCUUUGGGAGGGCAAGUGUCUGACAUGGGACGAAGAGUCGAUCGAUUUCUCGACAUGCUUGAAGGGUAUGAGGAUUCGCUUCCACAAGCAUGGAUUGACAGACUGGAGAAGAUUGAGCUCGACUAUGCAACGUGGGUGGUUGAAGCUCAACAUGUUGCCCUGAGAAAUAAACUAGCGUUGACCGUCCGCGAAAAUCCUGAGACCACGUCGGAGCCGAUCUCUUUACCUACGACUCAAACCCAGAAUGAAGGAAAAAAUCAAACCGAAAACAAACAGCCGGAACCAACCGAAUCGCGGAUGGAACCUGAUCCAGGUCUGCUGGAGAGUAAAUCUGAGCUAUCCGAAGCAAAGCCCGAGGAGUUACAUCCUAAAAGAAAGCCCUCUUUGAAGCUCCACUUGUCAGAUCAAAGAACCCACCGAAGAGAGAUAUCCAAAGUGUCUAUUGCGGAUUCAACGUUCUCGGGAUUUUCAGACAUUUCGAAUGCGGAGAUCAUGGAUGCUACAAGCGCCAGUGUGCUUCCCAGUCCAAAAAUUAGUGUUGUUGACAAUCCUCUUCGAACAAGCCGUCACGAGAUCACAUGGUUCGGAAAUGCAUCUGCUGCCCAGCAUCACAUGGCCACGAAACCGCCUAUGCUGCAAAGAGCCUCAACAGCUUCAAUUGAAGUUUUCCCCAAAGAUAAACUGAAACGAGUCAUGCUACGGCGGACUGCCAGCUGGGACAUGCUUUCUCAAAUACCUCAAUCUCCCGACAGUACUCCUUCGAAAGCUUUAAUGCAGUUGACCGGAGCGGAUUCGCCCAUUGCGAGGGCCUCGAUGGUAGAAUUGGAAGGCUCUCAGCCUCCACUGCCACCUCUAGCGCAACCGGAAAAUGAACGUUCCCGGCUCUCAACCUCUGCAAAAGCCGAGCCAUCGCCCGUCCCAAGCAAGGAAGAUUCACCACCGAUACCAGCCCUACCCCGAAGGUCGAGCAAGAGAAACAUGUUGAAUGCUAACAGCCCAUUCUCUCCACUCGCUUCAGUCUCGAGCAUUGGCGCUGGGACCAAAGAGGACAGCUCUGAGCAACAGCCUCUACUGAAGCCACCAACUCCGAUAGAACAAUCGUCGCCUAAAGCCAUAAAGAUAGGAGAGUCCCUCGAUGAUAAGAUACAAGACAUACUCACUACACUGCCGACCAAAAUCCGACUUGCAAAAGAUGGAGACUCGUCCAAUUCAACACGGUCUUCCUCGGCCUCUUCAACACGUGCCUCGACCCCUACUCCUGCCCUGACUCUGUCACCAGCUAGAUCAGAGCCAUCGAGUCGCAAAAGCAGCCUUGGGGGCCCUGAGGUCAGAGUCUAUCAUUUGACACGAACUGGACAAGCUCGUGAUGUCCCUCCAGUGAAACUUUUCGUUCGUACGGUGGGCGAUGGUCGUGUCAUGGUUCGUGUGGGUGGAGGAUGGGCCGAUCUUGGAGAAUAUUUGAGGGAAUAUAAUCUCCAUCAUGGAAGCCGUACCGCUGGUGAUGGACGCCUCGAGGUUGCCAGUUUUCCCGGUAAUGGACAGAAGGACCCGUCGGGAGUUAACUGUGGUAGUGGAACUUCCGGAUAUCAAGGACGACGAAAAUCGAGAUCACCUUCAGCAACCCAAACGUCCUUUGAGAUCAAUUCAUCACCUGAUUUGGUCAACCCUAGGGCUCGACCAAGAUGUCGCUCUCCUGAGCCUGGCAAGAGCAUGCGCAAAGAAGAUGGGGCUUGGACGCCACCACCAGUACCACCUAUUCCAGCAUCUUACACUACUAAAUCUCCCACAAUCAUGAUGGCGACUCAAUCUGAUGUCGGCUCUGCCACCGGUGUUGUGGAUGCUGACCGAGCAUCACAGCCAUUUCGUGAUUCUGAGACUCCCUUUAAUCCAAGGUCUUCUACUAUCAGCAGCCCUGGUGUCACCGCCACCACAACAACCGUUACUCCUCCCAUUGCCACCACCAACUAUACUCCUCUCGGUGCUGCUGGGCCCAAAACAAACGCUCGUCGGGCAGUUACUUUUGGAACCACACCCUCCACGAACAACGAUGCUUGGGUCGAGGGUAUGGUUGGCAAAGCUAGAGCCGUCAGUGGAGGGAGUCCGACUAUGGUUCAAGGACCAACCACGACGACGACAGUGACAUCGACGACGCCAACAAGUCGGCGCAUGCCAUACUUCAGCCCCAGCCCAAAUACAAAUUCAAGUCCUACGACAAUUUCUCCAAGCACCAGUGUUGCAUCCAGAACCAGUGAUGCAAAUAACCGAAGGGUGAGUUUGACAGCCAGGCCGAAAAGUCGUAUGAGCUUGAGUGACAUUGGUGGGAUUAAGAGGGUAUUUCUGCGAAGAAAAUCGGAGAAUGUAAAAUAG